AAGACCUGGCGAGUAAGUCUUCGUUACAUGUACACACUCUCCCAUUCUAUUGCCGUUCCUUGUACUUGCUGUGUUCGAACCCACACAAAUCACACACCAAACCCCAAUUCGUGAAAAGCGAGAAUUUCGAGGCGUUGGAUUCAAUCUAUCUCGGCGAGAUUUGGGAGAGAUGGGGAAGAAAACAGCGGGAGAUGUAGCGCCGUUUUUGACGAAGUUAUAUGAGAUGGUAGAUGAUGAGACGACUGAUGGGUUGAUCUCAUGGGGCUCGAGAAAUGAUAGCUUUGUGAUUUGGGAUGAUGUUGAAUUCUCGACCGUGUUGCUUCCUAAGUAUUAUAAGCAUAAUACUCUCUCCAGUUUUGUGAGACAGCUAAAUAUCUAUGGCUUCAGGAAAAUUGAAACAGAUCGCUAUGAAUUUGCUAAUGAUUGUUUCAUUAAGGGUGAAAAGCAUUUGCUGAAGAAUAUUCCUAGAAAGAAACAUAUACAAAGUGUAGACCAGAGCAAGCCUUCUCAGAAACAAGUGAAGGAUGUUUCUGUACAGAAUGAAGAGAAAACUGCUAGGCUGUGGAAGAAAGUUGAGAGUCUUAAGACUGACAAGGAAAUGCUAAUGCAGGAACUUGUUAAGCUAAGACAGCACCAACAAACUUCUCAAGCGACGAUGUUAAGGGUGCGAGAACAGUUAAUAAGCAUGGAGAAAAAUCAGCAACAACUGCUCUCAUUCAUUGUGAUGGCCAUGCAAAGUCCUGCAUUUUUGAUGAAGUUGCUUCAGCCAAAGGACAAAAAUUGGCAUGUGCCGGAAUCUGGUAAAACUGUACUGGAAGAAGUGACUGAGGAUCAGGAAAUAGUAGCUUCAGAUGGGAUGAUAGUAAGAUAUCAGCCACCAAUGGUUGGAUCUGGUGAGCCACUUCGCAUACCAUCUCCAAAUUCGAAGAACAUGCUGGAGCUAGAUUUAUCUCCUGAAGAAGUGAACGAUCUGUCUAUGAAUAUAGAUUCCAUGUUUCCUAUGGUAGGAACAUUUGAUGAAGAAUUUAUUGGUUGGGAAAAUCAAGGGUCACUGAAUCUUGAUCUUCCUUUAGAGGAUGACAUGGACAGGUUGCUUUUAUCUGAUCCAUUCUUACAGGAUGUGAAUGGUGUUGGAUUCGAUAUUGGGGAAGGUUUAAAUACAGGAACUGAUGAGGAAUCAGGAAAUUCUAUUCCCCCGCUAAAAGAAUCUGAACAUUUGAAACUCACAAUUGAGGGAGAGGAAUAUCAGAAUAAAUCGAUGGAAAUCUCCUGAAGUUGAAUCCCAGGUAAACAAGUUUUGGCUUGGGCAGAGCUGUACUGCAGCAGGUAGCUGUACUUUGGAAAAAAUGUAAAGCUUUUGUAAUGGCUUUGAAUUUUUAAAGUUGUAUUGAAGCUCUCUUGGUCCUGGUUACUCGAGGUUCAAUCAUGCAAAACUCCCCUAGUAUGAAAUAUAUACUUGAAUCAACAUACCGUACAUUUAGAGAUUUUUAUACUAAAUUUUUGAUUGGAACAAUGAAACUUGUUAUUGGGAUUACAUAUUGUGUC